AUGCAAGCUCAUAUCCAAAGUCAGGAUAGAAUCAGUGCUCUCCCUCAAGAUACAAUUGAAAAAAUUCUGACUCUUAUGCCAAUGACGAGCAUUUUGUCAAAGAAAUGGAGGUAUUGCUGGACAGGCAUCCCGAAACUUGUAUUUGAUGACAAUCUGGUUAAACUAUUAUCUAAUAUGGAGGUAGAGAUCGAAAAAUAUAAACUUAUCAAUGCCAUCUUCCACGUUUUGUUGCUACAUAAGGGUCCGGUAUCAGAACUCUGUAUUUGUAUCACUGAUGCAGAAAUUGUUAAUGAGAUUGACCAGAUAAUACUUCAUCUUUCACGGAGCAAAAAUAUCAAGAAAUUCACUUUUGAGAUUUCUUCAAUCGAUGAAUAUUACAAGUUAUUGUGUUCAUUCUUUUCAUUGCAAGGAUUAGAACACCUAUCUCUCAAAUAUUGCAAAAUUGAGGUUCCAUCAGUGUUUAAUGGAUUUAGUAUGUUGAAGAGCCUGAUCUUUGAAGAUGGUAUAAUCACUGCCAAUAUGCUUCAACAACUCCUUACUAGCUGCCCACUAUUUGAGGAAUUUACUUUGGUAAGGUCCAUAUUACUACUUAUGAAGAAGCUCUUUCAGUUGAUACCAUCUUACAAAGGUUCUGGAAAUCAUGCAGUUGUUUAUCUUGGUAGCAUACCACAUAAGCUCUCCAUUUCACUAGUCCAUUUGAGAAUACUUGAUCUCAGUGUGUGUUUCCUUGAGAUUUCAUUUGUUCUAUGUGUAAUCAGCAGCUCUCCAAAUUUUGAGAAGAUAACAGUGGAGAUUUGUUGGGACCAUGAUCGGUGGUGUCUUCAACAAGCAUUCGAUAACUUGCCUGAUAUUCAACAAUAUUCGGGCCUCAACUUGGAUCAUCUUAAAGAACUGGAGAUAACAAACUUCCAUAACCAUGCUCUUGAGCUGGAGUUUGUGAAGCUCAUCAUGGCUAAGUCACAUGUGCUAAAGAAAGAACGGAUAGAGCUUCAUUAUCGUGUUUCUGUUAAUGAAGAAGUAAAGAUGCUUCGAGGUUUGGUGCACAUGCCAUUUCCACGUGCAUCACCAGCAGUCUCACCUUCAUCUCCACCCAAUACCACCCUUUUCCACCUUCCUCACAUAAACAAUACACCAUCCAUCCCUAUGUACCAGCUUCCCGAUACUCCAUCAUCACCGACCCAACCAUCAUCAUCGUCUUCCAUGCCCAACAAUAUUUCCCUGUCCACUUCGUCAUGUCCAUCGAUCCCAUGGCCAUCAUCAUCGUCAUCCCUGCAGAUAUCAUCACCGAUCUCAUCCCUUUUUGCGAUGAGAUCUUCCUCUCUCCUUCGUCAAUUCAUGUCGCCUAAAAUUGCAUUGUGUUAG